UGAAUUCCCAAAAGAAGACAAGCCAGAGUCAAGCAAACACCCUCUUUUAGAAGACGUGACAGAAGAUGAUAUUUACACUAAAGAUGGCACGGAAGAUUACCAUAACAAUCCUGCUAACAAGAGGGAAACAGGAAGCUGGAAGGCCUGCCCUUAUAUCCUUGGUAUAUGUGUUAUGCAUCUCUUCAAAAUGUUGUGGGAGUUGUGCAUUGUGGGACAAAGCUUAUUGACAAUUAAUAUUUUCUUGAAAGGAACUGAAUGUUGCGAAAGAUUGGCAUACUAUGGGAUGAGCUCCAAUUUGUUGCUUUAUUUCAAGAAUAAACUCAACCAGCACAGUGUUACUGCUUCAACAAAUCGCUCAAAUUGGUCUGGAACAUGCUAUAUCACUCCAUUGAUUGGAGCAUUUCUUGCUGAUGCCUACUUAGGAAGAUAUUGGACAAUUGCCAGUUUCUCCAUCAUUUACGUUAUUGGGAUGGCACUCUUGACAUUAUCAGCAUCAGUCCCUGGCCUAAAGCCAACAUGUUACGAAGAAGACGGUUGUCAUCCAACUGAUGCUCAAACUGCGGUGUGCUUCACAGCACUUUACCUGGUUGCACUGGGAACUGGAGGGAUUAAGCCUUGUGUCUCCUCCUAUGGAGCAGAUCAGUUUGAUGAUUCUGAUGAGGUUGAGAAGAAGUACAAGAGUUCAUUUUUCAAUUGGUUCUAUUUUUCCAUCAAUAUUGGUGCACUGAUUGCUUCUUCUGUGAUAGUCUGGGUACAAAAUAAUAUCGGUUGGGGAUGGGGCUUUGGCAUUCCAGCUGUGACCAUGGCAGUUGCCGUAGUUUCUUUCUUUUCAGGUACUCAGCUGUAUCGGAACCAGAAACCUGGAGGCAGCCCACUGACACGCAUCUGCCAGGUGGUGGUGGCCUCUUUGAGAAACUAUCGGGUUAAAGUACCUGCUGACAAGUCUCUCUUGUACGAGACUACAGAUGCAGAAUCCGCCAUAGUUGGAAGCCGCAAGCUUGAUCAUACGACUGAUUUCGGCUUCUUCGAUAAGGCAGCGGUGGUGGUGAUACAAUCAGAUCAUAUGGAGGGUUCAGUAGACUCAUGGAGAUGUUGCACAGUAACACAAGUUGAGGAGUUGAAAGCAGUCAUACGUUUGCUUCCUAUAUGGGCCACUAUUAUUAUCUUCAGUACUGUUUAUGGACAAAUGGGUAACUUAUUCGUGUUGCAAGGCACCUUCAUGGAUGCUUAUGUGGGCAACUCUGGCUUUGAGAUCCCAGAAGCAUCACUUGGCAUUUUUGACACCCUUAGUGUGCUUUUUUGGGUCCCAGUCUAUGAUCGAAUCAUCGUUCCAGUAGCCAGAAAAAUCACCGGCCACAAAUCUGGCUUGACUCAACUGCAGCGAUUGGGAACUGGCCUCUUCAUAUCAAUCUUUUCCAUGCUAUCUGCAGGGAUCUUAGAGAUCGUUAGACUUGACAUUGUGAGAAGGCACAACUACUAUGAUGUUCAGCAUAUCCCCAUAUCAAUAUUUUGGCAGGUUCCACAGUAUUUCAUAAUAGGCUGUGCAGAAGUAUUCACAUUCAUUGGACAAUUGGAGUUCUUCUAUGAACAGGCGCCUGAUUCCAUGAGAAGCUUAUGCUCUGCUCUCUCGCUCACCACUGUUGCCCUCGGAAGCUAUUUGAGCUCUUUACUGGUGACCAUUGUUACGGUUAUCAGUACUCGGAAUGGAAAUCCCGGAUGGAUACCAGACAACUUGAAUUAUGGUCACCUUCACUACUUCUUCUGGCUCUUGGCUGUGCUAAGCGUGGUGAAUUUAGGAGCUUUUAUCUUGGUAGCAAAGUGGUACACACAUAAAAGGCCGGUUGGAAAUCUCCGGUGA